AUGUCUGCAGAAGAGGCAGUCACCGAUGCGCUCCAGACCCCAAUUGAUCCAAAUGCCCAGGCCGCUGAGGACACCAAAAAGCUAUUAGCUGAGAUGCAGACUGAAACAGUCCCAGCAGAGAGUGAAAAGCAAACUAAUGGCGAUGCCAACGAUAAGGAAGUGGAAAAGGAUGCUUUGGCGGACGAAAAAGAAGACGCUGGCGAGAAAGAUCAGUCAGGGUUUAGGACUUCGCGACAAAAUGGCCGUGACUCAGACAGGCGCCGAGACAACCGACACAACGGUCGAUCCGAACGUGGAGGCCGUGGUCAUGGCAGAGGCCGAGGUGAUCGAAAUGGCCACAGCCAUCGCAGCUAUCGCGACAAUGUCAAAUCUGUCUUCACAGACCAGAAGGAGAGCUCUGAUCCAGUUGCCAUCCGCAAACAGGUUGAAUUCUACUUCUCCGAUUCAAAUCUACCCAAGGACAAAUAUCUUUUCGAGCAAACUGGUGGAAGUGAAAACAAGCCUGUUCCUCUGGAAGCGAUCCACUCCUUCAAGCGCAUGCGCCACUUCCAACCCUUCUCCGCAAUCGUCGAUGCGUUGCGAGACUCGACCUUCCUUGAGCUUGCAGAUGAUGACACUGCUGUCCGACGUAAGAUGGCCUGGGAGCCAAGCUUUGACAACACCGCCGCCAUGCGACGAAGCAUAUAUGCAAAGGGUUUCGGCGAGGAAAUUCCGAGCACUCAGUUCGAUAUUGAGGCGUACUUCGCUGACUUUGGCGCUACCAAUGAAGUCCGCCUACGACGCUCAGAAGAGAAGCUCUUCAAAGGGAGCGUUUUCGUCGAGUUUGAGACGGAAGAGCUCGCCCAGUCAUUUCUCGAACAAGAGAACAAGCCAAAGUUCAAGGGCAAUGACCUUCAGAUCAUGAGCAAAAAAGAGUAUUGUGACAAAAAGAGUGAAGACAUCAAAGCAGGAAAGAUCAAGCCCAACACCUACGGAAAAGGCGGCAAGCCAUUCGACCGAGACCGCCGAGGUGACAGCAAGCGCAAGCGCGAUGACGAGGACGACAGAGACUGGAGAACUCGACGGGAUGAAGAUCGCAAGCGUGGAUAUGGGGAUGAUAAGCGUCGCGGUGGUGAUCGCCGUCGUGGUUCAGGCUAUGGUGGUAGUAGAUCCAGUGGACCCACGACCGAUGACAAAGGUAUCCCCACUGUCAAAUCGAGCGCUGUCAGGCAGGACACCGGUCGAGAUGAUGCCCUUGCAAAAGCCAGAGCAGCUGUUGAAGCCGAGAACAAGAAGGAGACUAACGAAAAGCCCGAACUUGAAGCGACAGAUAGCAAGAAGCGAGCAAGAGAGGAUGAUGACGCCGCUGAUGACGACCGAGAGGCCAAGAAGGUGGAUGUCAAGGAUGAACCGGUUGCAGUCUCCUGA